UGGCAGUUGUGGAUAAAGACGCCCAGGCUGGGCAGUCCACAUUCUGCUCUCUCCCGGAACCACCUCUCAGCCUGUUGAGCUAAUCAGAUCAACGCUGCGACAUGCAAGAGGUCACCCUGAGCCUGCUGGUCCUCCUAGCAGGCCUGCCUGCUCUGGAUGCCAAUGACCCCGAAGAUAAAGACAGCCCCUUCUACUACGAUUGGUACAGGCUUCGAGUCGGUGGGCUCAUCUGUGCAGGGAUCCUCUGUGCCGUGGGCAUCAUAGUUCUUAUGAGUGGGAAGUGCAAGUGCAAGUUCCGGCAGAAGCCCAGUCACCGUCCAGGGGAUGGGCCACCUCUCAUCACACCAGGCUCUGCUCACAACUGCUGAAGAUGGACCAGUAGAAGAGCACAGCAUGCCUCUGAGCCCAGGUCCUGGCUCUGGAGGUGGGCCUGAACUCCAACACGGCCGUCCUGUCCUCUCCUGACACUGCCUUGCCUGGGUCUCAUCUUACCUCUCUCAUGAUAGCUGGAUCUUUGUUCAGUUUCUAAUCUAAAAUGGUUUUACAUCGUGCUCAGGUGAA